GGCAAAAUGGAUGCAGCCCAGGUCGCCCUCGGUGCAGUGGUCACCACUGUUUUCCAUCCUGUCGGCUAUGCGAAAGUAUUAAUUCAGCUUGGCCAUGAACCAAUAGCUCCACAGCCCACGACUACCCUCUUUGGGAAGGACGUGUUAGGUUUUCCAAAUGUAUUCAAAUACAUUCGCCACAUCAAGGCUGUGGAUGGAUUCCGAGGUCUGUACCGCGGUUUGGUGCCAAGGGUGGCGAAUGGUCUCGUUGGAACUGCCAUGUCAAACUACACUUCUGAGCUAAUCAAAGAUCUUGCAUCAAUAAAAGAAAUAGAAGAAGAAGAUGACAGCUCUUUCAAGAAAUUCUGUGUUACUACCUGUAGGGAAACUGCUGCAAGGUGUGCAGGUGUGAUUAUUAGCCAGCCUUUUCAUGUGAUUAUGAUUCGGUCCAUGGCACAAUUUGUUGGAAGAGAAACAGUAUACAAUGGCGUUUUCUCAUCAAUAGGCGAAAUUUGGCAAAAAGAAGGAAUUGUGGGAUUCUUUUCUGGUUUGUUACCUCGUCUGCUCUGUGAGGCGGUGACUGUUUGGCUCUCAAGUUUAGUGUGUUAUGUUGUUAACACUUAUGUAAUUGAAGAUAAGGAUAUUCAGAAAGCUGCGUCUUUUCACCCGUUCUCCGAGCUCCUGGUGACUCAUCUAACGUACCCAUUCACACUGGUUGGUAACUGCAUGGCUGUGAGUGGCAGCGGGCUGAAGGCUGGACAUCCACCAUUUAUGCCUGUCUACUCUGACUGGUAUGACUGUUGGUCACAUCUUAACCGACAUGGCAAUCUGAAGCGCGGCUCAAGUUUGUUCUUUAGAUAUUACAAGGGCCCAGUGAUCAUGAAGGGCGGGAAACCAAUCGCAGCAACAAUGGUUUUCCAGGAUAGUUUUUAAAGCACAUGGACGUUAGGAAUAACACUAGGUUUCAGGAUUAUAAAUUAUUAGUUAUACACCCAUAAAGGUGUAGGUUGUCUUAUCCUCAUAGACUCUUAAGGGAAUUGGAUAAUUAUUCAGUAACCAAACAAAGAUCUACUGAGAUCUUUCUCAUCAGGAUUAGAUGAGGACUUUAUUAUACUUGUACAGUACCCUGUAGUUGGCCUAGUUUCCUCUGGUGCAUGGAUGUUUUCCAAUCACUGAAAGGAAUGAUUUAGAUUUCUGAUAUGAGGGCAUGUUCGACUCUAGAACAAAAGUUUAUGAUACAGAUCCUUGGGUGGUUAACCACUUUGCUACGAACCUUAUAUUGUGACAGUUUUAUAGGGUACACUUGAACACUUUAGCAGUCUAUGACGUCUUUUGUAAUCUACGUGUUUUCAAUAAUGCAUGGCAUGACGUCAUGCUGGAUAGCAUGACACUUUGAACGGCAAAAGCCAAGUGGUUAGAGACAUAUGUAUAGAGGAAAAUAUCAUAGCAGACACCACACUAAGCAGGACACCCUCUCUAGUAGGGACACCAAUUUCGAUCUCAAAGUUGUCCUUUCCAUUCAAUUUGACAUCUGUAGUCAGGAAAUGUCUCUAUUAAAGGGGAUGUCUCACGCCAAUGAUUCGGCCUACUUUUUACAUGUUCUCGGGUGGUGAAAAUGAAAUGUCUCAUUUCUUAUUCAUAAGUCAGAUCAGUUAGCUAGAUUAGGCUUGCGGAACAUGUGGACAAUAAUGGUUCCAUUCAGUAACUUGCGUAUUACUUGAUAAUGAUAGGCGUCGGAUAUUUUCGCUUUUGCUAUGUAUGUGGGGAUAUAUUGUGUGAAUGCAAUUCAGCCAAUUGAGAGGCACCUGCACCAAAGGCCUAUUUUACUUCAUAAUAGUCCAACAUGUAUGUUUAGCAGCCAUGGCUCAUCUGGCUUACUUUGACACAGUAUUUUAACAAAACUGUUACCUUUCUGGCUAGGUGAUUGACCAUAGUCAAUGAUUGUGAAUAAACAAUGUACAAUGUGACAGAAGAUGUUUGAAAAUAUGAAAGAAUUUUAUAUCACAA